AUGUCGGAUGUGUCGAACUCCUUCUCAGCUUGGGAGACCCUGCCGGAGGACGAACCUCCGUUGUGUAUCGCAGUCCGAUGCCCAGUGUCACCUCCACGCCACUAUGAAGCGUAUGCGACGGUCCCACCUCCAUUCCAACUGCUGCCUCCACCGCGCCGUUUCGAGAAACCGAUAUGGCUAGAAACAAUCGUAGACUGGCGGUCACACGACAUUCCAUCCGUAUGGUAUGCUUGCAGGGAUUUUGUAUGUCUAACAACGACUAACAAAGCAAUGAACUAA